AUGGUCGCACCACUGACAGACGAGAAGAGUGUGCGAGAGCUGUCGACGGGCCUGCACAACUGGUUUUCCGAGGGGCUGCAGAUCCCGAUCCGGAAGCGGGACGAAAAGCUCCAACCCGCUCUUCAGCCAGAGAGCCGCCAAAACAGACCUGCGCAAGCCCUAUACCUGUUGACACAGCGCUUCCCAACCGUCCACACUGGACGACGGCUGCAUUACCCGGAUGUCUACGUGGCCAAGCAAGAAGUCCUGGACGUAGACAAGCUUUCGUGCGUGCUCUGGCGAUUACUGCUGUGGCUUUUUCUGGGCAUUGGCAGAUGUCAGCACAGAGCUUGGCAUGCAAUCAAAGGUAUGCCUUGUGCCAAGUCGUACACAGGGCAAAAGACUCAACCGCGGGAGCAUGAUCGUCUCGCACGGGCUGGACAAGAAAUCUCGCCUCGCCACCAAGAGGUUUUUCUGCUUGUACGUGCGGCACGCACAAUUCCCGCCUUGGUCCGCGCGUUUCAAGAUGGCCCGGAGCAGUUCCACGCCAUGGUGGCCAAGAUGCCAGGGCUCCGCGGUGAGCUGCGGCUGCCCGUUCCCGCAGGUUUCAUCGCUUACACGGCGGCUGCGGGCGACAUGUCCUACAAAGACAUCAAGAUCACCAUGCUGCCGAAAGUGACGCAUCAAGAUGAAGUGGCACGACUGCACGUUGCGUCCUGGAACCUGGGCGGCAUGAGCCCGGACAAAGUCCUUGAUCUGCUGGUCGGCUUCCAGGGUAUGCCUUGUGCCAAGUCGUACACAGGGCAAAAGACUCAACCGCGGGAGGUGCUGCGCUUUGUUUGCCCAACUGUUUUUCUGCUUGUACGUGCGGCACGCACAAUUCCCGCCUUGGUCCGCGCGUUUCAAGAUGGCCCGGAGCAGUUCCACGCCAUGGUGGCCAAGAUGCCAGGGCGGCUGCCCGUUCCCGCAGGUUUCAUCGCUUACACGGCGGCUGCGGGCGACAUGUCCUACAAAGACAUCAAGAUCACCAUGCUGCCGAAAGCACCGAUGACCAACAGAAGCUCGUGCUGUCCGGGCACUGAAGCACACCACACUGAGGUGACGCAUCAAGAUGAAGUGGCACGACUGCACUUUGCGUCCUGGAACCUGGGCGGCAUGAGCCCGGACAAAGUCCUUGAUCUGUUCGUCGGCUUCCAGGGUUGCCCUGCACUUUCAGUAUUUUAG